AUGGGCCACGGCACCCAAGAUCGACCACCUGCAUCUCAACAUCGUUCACGAGCAAUGAGGAAUUAUUAUUUCUUUUUGUCGUUGAGACAUGUUGCAAAGCCCAAGUUCGCUCAAAAGUCUUGGCAGCGGCAGUACCAAACUUCGACUUGUCGCUUCGAUUCUGCGUCUUCCAACAACACCACACUUUCAUUUUCGACGACCGGCGAGCUCCACCUCGACGGCAGAACAACGGCUCGUGAGCAAAUACAAGACGUCACAGGCUCUCGAUCACUGGACGGCUCACCCUCACCCAUCAGCGUGUUGGUCGUGCCCUACUCGCCGACACUUCCGAUCACUUACCUCGAGUCACCAUGGCUGUCGAUGAAUGCCAGCGUCAAGUUGAAGACGAUGUUUCAUCCGGUGGAGGAAGCUGAGGAGAACUGGACCAAGCAGAGCAGAGACUUCCAGUCCGCGGACACCUACAUCCGCCAGCCAGAACCGGACGGCGGCUUCGUCAUCAAUGGCCCAGAGCCAAUUAAUGGCGCUGUUGCGAACCCGAUCAUCUUCACGGACACGAAGCUGGGCAGGUGUAUCAAGUACAAGACUGGAAAAGGCAAGGCCAUCGCCAUCCUCAACUUGAGCAACGUCAUUCCCAAGUCAAGCUGCAACGACAUGCUUCUCACACAACCUCCCAUCAAGAGCGUCGGCUUCGUCAAUUCCACACGUGAGUACUUCCAGAACGGAUGCGUGGUGGUCAACUCAGAUGGCGUCACGGUGGAAGAAAUCUUGGAGAAGUGUGGUCCAUCUGCUCAUGUCGCUGUCGACCUUGGGAAUGUGAAGGUCAUGGAGCUGGAGUACAUGGAGAGGAUGAGAGCAAAGGGGCGGUACAUGGAGACUUGGCUGACCUGUAUACGUGUUCCCCAUUUCGAUCGUAUACUUUACAUCAUGAGGUGCGGUGGUCCACUCCACACACUGAAAGCCAGCUUCUCGGCCAUGUCGACACACGACUUCGCCCGCUUCUCCUUCGCUUCAUCAACUUCUACACAUCACAAUAUUCGACCCCCUCCCACCGCCAGACUACUGUCGCAUACCUAUCUACCUCAUCGACUGCGUAGUCACAGCUAUAUCCACAGAGACACCAUGGCUUCUGGCAAUGAGAUGACUCCUAUCGAAGAGACUUUUAACAUCACCGAACUGCUUGAGGGCCUCCUCCUCCAAGUUCCUGAGGGCCAGGCACGUCGCAUGCACAGCUAUCGCAGCAAGACCAUUUCUAUCACCAACAACAUUGAAGGAUCGAUUCAACUCCGGCGCCGGCUGUGGUUCGAUCCAGCGCCAGUACCUCACCACGGCGACCACUGGUUGCUGAACGACAACACGCGCCAGAUCACGUCUCUGGUUCCCACGCAACCGCUGCUGCUAGGGCCACAUCUUCACCUAUGUCAACCGUAUACCUUCAACCGCGACUACUUGAACGACUCGGCGAACGGACCUCUCUUCCCAAGCCAGAUGCACCCAAACAGAGCAAAUGGCACUUUGGCAAUCAACGAUGAUGUGUUCUUCAUCCGCGAUGGACGUAAGGACUUGGACUGCUUCAUAGUCCAGCCACCACUCACAUCUGCGAGCAUUUUACACGACGGAGCCAGCGUUCUUGUUUUCAACCUGAACGGCAUCAGAGUGAGAGACGUGCGCGACGCCAUGAAGAGGGCAGAUCCAGCUGCGCGCGAGGAUUGGAAGAUUUGGAUCGCUGGUGCCGUUUUCGUACCUCAAUCUGCCAUCACCCACGUCAGGGAAUAUGGCUACCUUGAAGUAGCGAAAGGGCUUGGGGAGCUGUUCCACGACAAUACCCUGCACUGGAAUGCCCCUCAAGGCACCAACAAGCAAGUGCGGCAGCGAAUAUACCGCCACCUGGCACCGUCAGACCUUUUGAAAGUCCAACAAAUCAGCAAGCCUGUACGCGAUGCCAUGGACUGUCCUGCUGUGAAGGAACUUCUUUUCUAUACCCCCUCUCAGCAACAGCAAACUUGGGUGAUCGACAUGCAACAGCCCAUCCAGCCUCUCGUUGGCCGCUUGACCGACCCCAGCGAUGUGCAUAGAUUAUGGUGA